AACGCAAACCAAUCUUCUGAAAUAGACGUCAUUUCCGGUGAAAUAAAAGAGAUUACUAAUCGAUCUUUUGAUAUGGACAAUAUUCUUGGUACUGAACGUAAUUGCUAUAGUCCACGUCAUUCUACACCCGCAAAAGAUGUAGGCCUAAACAUCACAUUUACACAUCAAACGCUGGAAACAGAAAAUCCACCCCGAUCUAAUGUAAGUGACUCGCUAUAUCCAACAUUUACCACGGACGCUCAGUUGAAAUCCACAGAUCAAGGCCAAGUUUGUGAUGAUCCAAAUGUGUACAAACGACAAGAAGACAAACCCCCUUACACAUACGUAGCAAUGAUUAUAGUCGCCAUUUUGAAUUCUGAGGAGAAAGAACUUACGCUUGCUGGCAUUCGUGAUAAACUUAUGGAGAUGUUUCCUUUCUUUAGAGGCGAGUAUACGGGAUGGAAAAAUAGUGUCCGCCAUGCUCUCUCAAACAGUAAAUGUUUCUACAAACUACACAAAAGUGAUGAUCAAGAAUCGGCAGUGUCGUCUGUAUGGAAAGUCAACACAAAGUAUGUGAAACAUUACACGUUUAAUCGACAAGCCAAAGGACCAAAGUAUCAACAUUACAAAUUCACUCUACAGGAUGAGCUUGGCCUCCCUCCUUUUGAUGAUUCAAAUGAAUACAAUUUGGAAAAAGACAUUAAUCUACCACCAAAACCAUGUUUCCAAGGUGAUUCCGGAUCACUUACCGGAAGUGUGUCUGACUUUCUGAACGCUAGAAACGACUCUGUUCCAACUCCACAGAGCACAGUAUCUGACUAUGAUAGUGCAUAUUCUAGUAUUAUUGACAAAAGGCCAUCUCUUAAACGUAAACAUUACGAGGAAAUGACGUCAGCACAGCAGACGACAGCUGAAUUCAAAAGGCAGACGACAUACUACAAUUACCCACACUAUGGAUAUCAGUACCCACAAGGCGCCUAUCAUCCUACAUACUAUGGGUCAAGUUAUUACAAUUCUACUCCCAUGACUGUUGGUGAUCAAUGGUCACGUGACUAUAAUCAGUAUGGUUACCCGCAGCAGUACAGUGCUCAAGCAAUGAACGUUAAUGCAUAUUCCAAAGAGAUUCUUGCCAUGAGAAACUUGUGGUGGUCUUAUUAUAAUGGAAUGGUUCCCCGCAGCUCUCAUAUCCCACAGAAUACAACUUCUAGUGAUUGGUACCCUUCUGUUGCCAUAAACUUAAGCAAACGUGAUGGACAGAGCAAGUAAACGAAAUGUGGUCACAUGAACAAAGAGCAUUACUACAGUUAUAGUGUGUAUAAUUGUGUUAGGUAGAUAUGAAACUGGAUAUCAGAACUCAUGUCUUCAAAUGACGAUUUGAUAUGAGAAUUUGUGUUGUGCUAUAUGUGUAUGUUUAUACUUGCCAUAUUGUAUUUGAAAUAAAUCAUCAUUUUGUAAAAAGAUAUGAUUAUUUUCAUUGUUCCAGUUCAUAAAAAUGCAUAUUCUAUUUGAAAUAAAUCAUCAUUACAUUUUGUAUUUAGUAAAAAGAUAUGAUUAUUUUUAUUGUUCGAAUUCAU